AUGUCGAUGAUCAUACUUAUAACUGGGAUUUUAUGUUCAACUGCAGCGGCGGAAGAUGUGUUCGAAUUUGGUCGUAAUAGAGGAAUAGUAUCGUUCACGAAGUCUGGCUCAAUAGGCUUACUGGAAAAGCACGUUCAAGUGCCGAUAGUUUUACCGCAAUGUAUGGACUUACAAUACGUCCGUGUGAGCGUGGAUAAUUGGGUGGGGCCUCCGAAAGUAGAUUUCGACUCGGAAGUGAACACAGUCAACAUAAAAUAUCGGAGAUUACAGCACAGCGCAUCCACAUACACAGUGAUCGCUAAGGCUAAGCGCGAGAAGAAUUGUCGACGCCGCGAUGACUAUGAAGAGUUCAGCACAGAUUAUUAA